AUGUCGAACAAGCUAAACUGGUCGGACCUUCACUAUGACGUUCUACAAUUGAUUCUGGAGGGUUUGGACAUCAUUACUUAUGUUAGAGCUCGAACCGUUUGCAAGAAUUGGUACGCAGUUUGCAAACGAAUCACUUCAGUACAGGAAAGGUCUCCGUGGGUGAUAAUCUUCCCUGACGGAAGAUCAAAGUGCGGUUCAUGUCUAGUGUCGGACUGUUGCACUUCUCGACUCACCGGUAAAUGUAAGUUUUACAGAUUGCAGAAUCUCGGCAAUGACUUUGGUACUCACCGGUGUAUCGCAACUUGCGGAGGCUGGCUCUUAAUGUUAGACCUACGUUCAAGUUUAUACGUUUUGAAUGUUUUCACACGCGAGAGAAUCAAACUUCCGCCGUUUGAGUCGCACAAAGGAAGGCUACGUGUUGAGAGACGCCGAGACACCAACUUCAUAAUAAAUAAAUCGUCAGUAACCACAAGAAACGCUGUAAACAAGACAAACGCGGUUUUAUGGGUGGACGAGAGAACCAAACGUUACACAGUCAUCUGGUCCAUAGGUCUCUGGUAUAUGAUGUACGCUAGGAGUGGGUUCAAUUUCUCCUGCAGGAUGGGCUGUAGGCACAGCGUGAAGAUUAUAUUUGGCUUUGUGAUCGGGGUGGUGGGUUGCGCCAAGCUCCAUUCUCUCGCACUUCUGACGGAGAUGUUUAUGACCUCUGCAGGUGACAGCAGUUUAUUUUCGAAGAUCAAUCUGUUUGGAGCUGUCCAGAGACACCAGCAGAUCCACAAGAACAAAUGCGUUGAGACUCCAUUCAAAAUUUAA